AACCUCUUUAUGUAGCUGAUGGUACAGUUGUUUCACAUUUUCUUUCUUUAUGACAAUCAUGUCUUUACAUUUAAUUGAGAGCUAUCACAAACAAGCAAAAUUCACUUUGUCAUGCAUGGCUUGCAUAUCUUAACAAUUUAGUACUGACUUGGACCACAUGCUGGUUGGUUUAAGCAAAACAGACAUCUUAAAGUGACAGUCCAGUUAAAUACAACUAAACAUUACAGAAUAUCCGUCAACAUGAUUAACGGAAAUCUACAUGAUCAAAGGAAAUCUAUAACGAUAAUUUCUGAAGAAGGGUCACUGGGCUUGAAACUCAAUAGAACUGUUCCUCUUAAUGGAUACUGGCAGACCUGCUGAGUUUCUCCAACAAUUUAUAUUUUUGCUUGUUUCAGAUUUCCAGCAUCUGCAGUUCUUCAUUUUAAUUUACAUAUUAUUAAUUACUUUGAAAUAUGUUGGAUUCUGCAACUUUUACAUGUUAAAAAUAAAUAUGCUAGCACCACAUGCGUUAUCUUCGACUCUCUCUCCCAGGCUACUUAGCACAUCAUACCUGGGGAGUAGUGCUGUAUGAUAAGUAGUGGAGAUCGAGGCAUGAGUCAGAGAUUCGAUCUGACACCCACAGUUUCACCAAAGUGCUGUUCGAAAACAGUCAGUGACUCGGAAUGUAAAGAACUUUUGCAGUGAAAUUGUCGACGGGUGAGCGAAGGCUGUUUAUGUUCCACCAGGAGGCGCACACCCUUCCAGCGCAAGGAAAGAGGGAACCUCGAGGACUGCCGUAUCGUCUCGGCGCUGCAAGGCCGCGCGGAGCUUUCCCUGCGCUUGGAACGCGGCUGUCAAUCAAACAGCUCCCCGGGGGCCGGAGCUGUCAAUCAAACAGCUCCCCGGGGGCCGGAGCUGUCAAUCAAACAGCUCCCCGGGGGCCGGAGCUGUCAAUCACAAUCCCAGUUGCUGGCCAAGCGCGAAUUUUAAAGGGACACCCGCGUUCCUGCAGGAUUUGCUCGUUACGAACGACCUGGCGUUGUAAGGGUCUAGGCCCGAAACGUCAGCCUCUCUGCUCCUAUGAUGCUGCUUGGCCUGCUGUGUUCAUCCAGCCCUGCACCUUGUUGUCUUGGAUUCACCAGCAUCUGCAGUUCCAACUAUCUCUGGCGUUAUUUCCAACUCCUGUUGCAGUUCUCCAUGGAAGCAAAUUAAGGAGUUGAGAUGGACAAGAACUUCUGAAGAAAAACACGUAUAAAUAUAUCAGGAAUCUAGAUUUUGCAGAUGGUUGAUCGAGGCAACUCAUCACUGACGUUGGGUUAAGAAGAAAGCUGCCCACAAACAUCUAGUGACCUUGGGGUUGUGAAGUUGCCUCUUGCCAAAGAUCAGUUUGACUCCAUGCACCCAGCAACAGUGAUGUCAUCAUGCAAGGUUCAUACGGUGUGGCGCACAGAAAAUAUAUUGGACAAAGUAAGAAACAUCCUACAGCAGAAAGGGUAUACAGAUAUUGAAUGCAUCGGUCAAGGUGGAUUCAGUAUUGUAUAUAAGGUGUUUCGCAGUCUUGAGGAGAGAACCUACGCUGUGAAGUGCAUCCACCUUCCACACAGUAAGAAGUGUGCUGAAAGUGCCUUUCUAAAUGAGGUGAAGAUUCUUUCCAAGCUAAACCACAGGAACGUUGUGCACUACCAUGAUGCUUGGAUUGAAGAGAUGGAGCAGCUGGUGACCGCUGAAUGGAUCGAUGAAGCUCAGUCAGAUCCUUGUGACAGCUCAUAUGAUGCCAUCCUGGCUACAGCACCUCCACCAUGUAGCAACUCUGUAGAGUGGACAGACAGCAACACAACUAAUUACACAGGCGAUGUAGAUGAUCAAGCUUCUGUAUCUCCAGUUACAAAGCACAAAUGUCCAGCGGGUGUUGCUAAGAGAUCGGAGAUGGGAAGCACUGUGUCUGAACACAUCAAUGAAGUUCAAGCAUCUGCGCAGAAUGCUCUAAAGCACCCUGACGACAAACAUUUGAAGAAGCUUAGGUUUCUUUUUAUUAAGAUGGAUUUUUGCAAGAUGACCCUUGAGAAAUGGAUAGAAAACCAUGGUCACGCAGGCAGCAACUUCAAAAGCUGUUUGAAGAUCAUCAAAGAGAUGCUUCAAGGCUUGAGAUACAUCCAUAGUCAGGGAGUUAUACAUCGAGAUUUGAAGCCUGGAAACAUAUUUAUUGACCAAGAUGGGAGUGUGAAAAUUGGAGAUUUUGGUUUGUCUAGAUUCUGUACAUCUCAGAGAUGUGCAGAACACAAAGCUUUCACCUAUGUAAACAAAAUAGAUCAACAAAUGGAGCUCAGUGCAGUGUCACUUCCUGUUUUAGACAGUGGGAAACUCACAGCAAACAUUGGGACUUACGGAUACCUGGCUCCAGAAGUUAAAACAAACCAUCACAAGGCCACGUACGACUCUAAGGCUGAUAUGUACAGCUUUGGAAUGGUAAUACUGGACAUGCUGUUUCAGUGUACAGCACAGGAACGUCAGAAGUGGAGAGAUUGGAUCAGACAAUGUCAUUCACAGAACUACUCACAUGAACUUAAUGUUGACAAAGCGAAGACCUUACUUCUGCAUCCAGAAUUCUUGAGCUUGUUACAGACAUGCUUCGAAUUGCUGCAGGAUGAUCCCCAGAAGAGGCCUGGUGCCGAGGAGAUCCUUCACAGCAAGGAUAUGGGCCUACUGCCUGAGGAGAGGAGGAGACUGGAAGAAAUAUUGAAUCAAACCCUUUCAUCACCCGAUAAAGACACGCACAGAGAAACCGUCAAGUUGAUUUUUGAACGGAUUGUUGGAAAAGUCUCCAAGGAUCAAGCAUCUGCCUACUAUCAUGCACUUAGUGAGAUCAUGGACCUGACCUUUACCAUUUCAUCAUCCAGGUCAUGGCAAAAUGUUGAAAGAAAACUUAGACAAAUAUUUCAGAAGCAUGGUGCUGUACCUCUGGAUAUUCCCGAAAUUAUCCCGUUCAGCGUGGGAACCUCCUGCCGCUGUGAUAUCACAACAAUGCUAAGCAGCGAUGGGUACAUUUACGAAAUGACCCUGGAUCAUAAGGUGCCUUUUGUGCGUUUUGUCCACAAAACCAGGAUAAGUGAAAUGAAAAGAUACUGCAUGAAGAAAAGAUUCCUUCCAAAUGGGCUCCCUUAUCAAAUACAUUGUGCGUUUGACAUCGUCAAUCUUGAACAGGAUUCCAUCUUCUCGGUUGCAGAAUUGAUUGAAGUUGUGUCAGAGAUUGUGAAGAUAUAUCCUUCAGCUGGGAAACAAUACAAGAACCUGAUUAUUGGUCACACACUAUUAGAAGAAACUCUCUUCAUGAAUGGAUGUCCAGAAUGUGGCUCAGAGGAUCACUGUUUAAAGUCUUGCUUUGUUGGGUUAACGUUCGAUGCCGUAUCCCAGCAACUGGAAAGAUUCUUGCAGCUGAACCCACACUUUAACGAGAGUAUCAAGCAGUGCUGGGAAUCAUUGACAACUUUACGGAAACUCUUUUCGGAUUCUGCUUUCACUGUACAGGUUGGAAGCUUGCGUGGUACAGAAGAAAUAAACUUGAAGCAUUACGAAGGAAUGCUGUUUGCUUUAUACAAUACAUCCGGAUCUGACUUUCUGGUGUUCGGAGGGCAGUAUACAAAAUUACUGCGAAGUUUUGAUGUCUCUUUUGGCAAGUUGCCUGAUUUGUCCGCUGCUGGCCUAAACAUUGACCUUCAGAAACUCGUAGAAGCAGAGACAAAGACAAAGAAACCUGAAAAGAUGAUGGAUAAAAUCUGUAUUCGUUGCACUCCUGACACAAGUGUGGAAGUCUGUUUUAAUUUGGCACGCAAGUUUUGGGAAGCAGGGAUAUGCGUCAGAUUGAUGACCAAACUUCCUGAGAAAAAACUUGCAGCUGAAAGUCUUGAAAAGGGAAGGAUAUUUGUUCUCCAGCCAAAGGGUGAAACAGAUUUAAAGGUUUUGCUAUAUGACGGAGGAAACGUCUCAACCAUAAAUAGCAUUGAGAAGUUUUUAGAAUGUGUGCAGAAGACCACAAAGCUGACUCCGUCAAGCAGGUGCUCGCCAAAGAGACGGCUUCGUUCCAAGAGGCGACUGAAAGUACCGAGGCAGCAGUGUGCGCACAGAAAGUAUUGAAAAUUGCACGUGGCUUACUGAUCGCUAUGCAACUGUACACAUUAUCUGAAAAUUGAUUAUUUUUGCAAUUUUUUUCUCACAAUUUCUCUUGGUCUUGCUUGCUUCGUACUGGCACAGAUUGAAUCAUGAUUCCCUACGUUGUGGAAACAGGCCAUUCAGGUCAUCGAGUCCACACCGACCCUCCGAAGAGCAUCCCAAGCUGACCCAGCCCCCUCCCCUAACCCUGGGACCCCGCAUUUCCUAUGCAGAAUCCACUUAACCAGCACAACCCUGAACCCUAUGGACAAUUUAGCCUGGCCAAUCCACCUAACCUGCACGUCUUUGGACUGUGGGAGGGAACUGGAGCACCCAGAGGAAAUCCAUGCAGAGAUUGCGAAAAUGUGCAAACUUUGUUUCCUUUUACUGGCUAUAACAAUUUUGUUUUUAUAUGAAAGAAGUGGGUGUUUUCCGAGUAUGAUCCCAAUUAAGUCAUAAGGCAGCAAGUUUUGUGAGUUUAAAAUGAAGAAUUCUGACACACUUACCCUGAACAUAUGUAAGAUCACCCACUUGAUUGCACAAAUAUAUGUACACUAGGAUUGAUCAAUUCUCCCCUCUUCCAUGAAGCAAGUGUGGUGUAUUGAGUGAAAGUUGACAUGAAGAUAUUGUACAGCACUGGGUUCCCAGCAUGCUCUGCGGUUCAUUGUCAUCAGUUUUCCAGGAGAUUGGUCCUCAGGUGAACCUGAAGGUGAAACAGGUUGGGGCAGUCCCUUUGUCUCAUGGGAUCUCCUGCUUUCAAGACGUUUCUUUAUGGCUUACGGCUAAUUCGUGGUUUGGCUCCCUGAGAGUUGAACUGCCUUUGGGUGAUUUUUAAAGUUAUCAACAAAUGGUACCUUCGUCACAUGACUUCUCACAAGUUCCGGAAGUUCCUCUUACAGGUAAGGAGAUGUGUUGUGUUGGUGCCAACAUCCUGUGUUGUGGUUUACACUUUUAGUGUUUGAGACACUCAGUUUCUGAGCUUUUGAAAGACCCAUUCAGUCUAUUGUUAGCACCCCACUGAGGAAAGGACAUGGAUCAGUAACAGUGUGGGAUAUUCCUAUUUUUUCCCUUUUGAGACAGGGGAGUGUUAUCACUCUACAGUGACACUUGAACGACCAUCUUUUAAGCAUUUUGUAUAAUUCUAAAAUAUAAACUUAUUGUACAUAUUGGCACAUGUACAGGAAGAAAUUAAUUAUGAUUUUAACAAUAUAAAUAUUGUAGAUACUAUUCUUUUCUAUCACUUUUAGUUUGUAUAUUUUGUGCGUUAACAAUUUGGACUCUCCCUGUAAGAAAACGUUGUAUUGUGUCAUAGUGAUCUCUUAAACACAAACCUUACAUUUACUAUACUCAAUGCUGACUUGUCAAUAUAAUUCAAACAAGUGUGAAAUGUUACUUCCACAGUCAGAUCUAUCCCACCAAGUACCAGAUACUAAUGUCACAUAAGUGAUGUGAGGUUUUUUUAACAAUAUUGUGUUGCGUUUAUAAUGCUGUCAAUAUUUUACAUACACUGUUAAAAUGUUUAUUAAAUAAUAAUAAUAGCUAUGG